UUUUUUUUUUGUGUUCUUUUUCUCCUUUUGAUACCUCUUUUUAUAUAUAUAUAUAUAUAUCUAUAUAUAUUACGUACAUAUACCUUUUUACAUAUAUAUAUAUAUAGAUAUAUAUAUAUUUAUAUAUAUACAUACAAUUUCAACCAUGAUGGCAAUGGAUAUAGAUAUCCUUGACUCUGUUGAGACACCUUCUCCUUCACCUUCUCGUUCAAUAUCUACUGGUGGAUCUUCUCGACCCAUACCUUUUGCUGUUUUAAAGGUACAAUUUAAACGUCUCGUGGAACAACAUCAGGAACGAAAUAACAACAGACCUGGCGUCAUUGCAACAAAAGAUCUUUUAAUGGUGAUUGACGCUUAUGAACAAGAACAUGACGUUAUACUAUUGACUCCACUUCAAAAAAAGGCAAUACAACCUUAUACUUUAACCACUCCCGACUUGGAAAUGACUCCCGAUGAUAUCUUGAAUUUACUUAAACUGGUCUUUGCACCAUCUCCUACUGCAUCUGUCUCAGCUCCUACUUCUAAAUUAUCUACACUUCCACGUACUUCUGCUCCUCUGAAACCAAACAGUUCUACUACUUGGAAACGUCGUCUCUCUACUGCUAGUAUGAAUGCUACACAAACCAUCACUACUGACUAUGAUCACAGUACAAUGAUGGAUACUAUGGAUGAUGGUCCCGAGCCAUUGGGUAUUACACAAGAGGAAAAUUCAAACCAACAGCUGAUUUCAAAAAUGGAUCAAGAUAUAUCAAACGAUAGCGAUGAUGAUAUGGAAGAUGAUGAAUUCGCUCAAUGUUAUCGUAGAUCUCUUGCUUUGACACAAAGAUUGAAACUUAGUGAAAAAAGUCUGGCUUCUAUGACACGUGACAAUGAAGAUCGAAUUCUUGUAUUGCAAAAUCGAGUGGACGAUAUGACCAAUCAAGUCAAUAAGCAAAAACGUGAACUUUUAGAAUACAAGACAAAGGAAAUCAAUAGUUUGGAGCAAAUCAGUAUGCUGGAAUCUCAUAUUGAUACUAUUCAACAAUCAAAAACUGAUCAAAAACAAGUUUAUUUAUCCAUCAAAACGUUAUUUGAUGAAAAAUGCGGGGAAACUCAGAAACUUCAAGAAUUACUCAAGCAAAAGGAACUCGAUUUACAAAAGGCAGAAGCUUUUCUUAGCAGUUUCCAUCAUGAAUUUAUGCAACUUACCGAAGAACGAAAUCGUUUAGAAUCACUACAAAAGGAUUUGGAACGAGAAUUAGCAACAUCACAUCAUACUCAUACACAGCUGGCUGAACAACGAUCAGAAAAUGAACGACUAAAACAAGUCAUCGAUAGUUUGAAAUGUGAUUUGGAUCAAGCUCGAUAUGAACAACGUUCUUCUGGUUAUAUGGAUACUUCAAAUUUGAUCGAGUCUUUGGAAGCAGAAUUGGAAGGUCAAUUGCAAUUGAAGGAAAAUGAAGUUGCAAAAGCUUUAGAAAAGAUUCAACAAAUGCAACAAACUGAAGAACGACUGAAAUCUGCAGAAAAUGAAAAGAAUUAUUACAAGUCACGAGCAACUGAGGCCAUGGAAGAUCUUGACAGAGUCAAGGAUGAAUUAUCGCAUUUGAAAAAAGUGUUGGAAUCCGAAAACAGACUUUUGGUGACAGAAUUAGCUGAUUUACAAACAAAAAACAAAGAAGGAUUAACACGACCGUUAUCAAUGGAUGAUUUUACUACCAUGGAUAUCAGUACAACUAUCGAACCUUAUAUUGCAGCAUUACCGAUCAAUGCCAACAAAGAAGAGGAAAAAGAUAACAACAAUAGUAACAACGAUAGUACUAACAAGGAAAAUGUAGUCAAAACACAAUCAGGAUCAAGAUCUAUCAACAAGAACAAUCGAUCAGUAAGAUUUUCACAACAAUUGACAGAUGUUUGGUCUCAAUCACGUAUUCGAGGAAGGAAAUUAGAUAUGGGAAAGAAACGAGAAGUAUUUGAUCUACACAAUGUAACACAAAAUUCAACAUAUUCAUGUAUAGAUAUGAUUUAUUAAUAUUUAUUUUUUUUCUCUCUCUCUCUCAUAUUUAGGCAACUUCUGUAGCAACAGCUACUCUUCAUCAUCAACGAAAUAACAGCUUGACGAUCAAUAGUAGAACAACAACAAUGAAUCGACAACAAAAUGACAAAUUGAUUACGAGUACAGCUACAUUUGCCAUAUAUACCCUACUUGUGUAUAUCUUUGGGAUAGUGACAUCUACUUUUUUGAUUGAAAAUGGACCUCCAGGUAGUUGGGAACAAGCUCUUGUAGCUGCUGCUAGUCAACAAGGUGGAGGAAAAAGCAAGUUAUUGGAAAUUCUUCUUUAUUGGAUUGAAAAAUUACUUUUUGAAGGCGAAG